AUGACCUCUACAGCUUUUUCGAAUUGUCUCAACAUUGUUCUUCAGGUGAACGAUGCUGUAGGACGUGAAUGGCCUUGGAUCUACUUUGUAACGCUUGUAAUCCUUGGAUCUUUCUUCGUACUGAAUCUCGUUUUGGGUGUGCUGUCGGGAGAGUUUUCCAAAGAACGAGAAAAAGCUCGAGCUCGUGGUCUUUUUCAAAAAUUUCGCGAGAAGCAACAACUUGAGGAAGACCUUAAAGGUAAUUUAUUUUCUAGAUUUUUUGAGAUUGAGACAUAUGAGAAAUGUCUCAAAACCGUUCUUCAGGUGAACGAUGCUGUAGGACGUGAAUGGCCUUGGAUCUACUUUGUAACGCUUGUAAUCCUUGGAUCUUUCUUCGUACUGAAUCUCGUUUUGGGUGUGCUGUCGGGAGAGUUUUCCAAAGAACGAGAAAAAGCUCGAGCUCGUGGUCUUUUUCAAAAAUUUCGCGAGAAGCAACAACUUGAGGAAGACCUUAAAGAUAUCGAUCCUGUCAAUGACGAACAAGAGGAAGAACCUCAGGCCGUUGGUUGGUCAUUUCUAGCCUUAUCAGUAGAAUUGUCUUUUAAUAAAGUAUAUGUUUCUGCACAAUUUCUCAUGGACUCAGACACCGCUGUAGUUAACUUGAUUUUUGCAAUAACUCUUUAG